CGGGAGACCCCAGCAGCGCGACGCCGGGGCCGGGCGGGGUCGGCCCGAGACGAUGCUGGACCUGAGCGCCAAGCGGGUGGCCGAGAGCUGGGCUUUCGAGCAGGUCGAGGAGCGAUUUUCCCGGGUGCCAGAGCCUGUGCAGAAGCGGAUCAUGUUCUGGUCAUUUCCACGAAGUGAGAGGGAGAUCUGCAUGUACUCGUCGCUGGGGUACCAGUCCACAGAGGGCGAGCAGGAUGCCCGGGUGCCCUUCACCCGAGGGCUGCACCUGCUGCAGAGCGGCGCCGUGGACCGCGUCCUCCAAGUGGGGUUCCAUCUGAGCGGGAAUGUGCGGGAGCCGGGCAGUCCCGGGGAGCCUGAGUACAUCUACCACGUGUCCAUCAGCUUUGACCGCUGCAAGAUCACCUCUGUGAGCUGCGGCUGCGACAACCGGGACCUCUUCUACUGUGCCCACGUGGUGGCCCUGUCGCUGUACCGCAUCCGCCACGCCCACCAGGUGGAGCUGAGGCUGCCCAUCUCAGAGACGCUGUCCCAGAUGAACCGCGACCAGCUGCAGAAGUUCGUGCAGUACCUCAUCAGCGCCCACCACACUGAGGUGCUCCCCACCGCCCAGCGCCUGGCCGACGAGGUCCUGCUGCUCGACUCUGAGAUUAACCUGGUGCAUGGCGCCCCGGACCCCACAGCGGGCGCUAGCAUCGAGGACGCCAACUGCUGGCACCUGGAUGAGGAGCAGAUCCAGGAGCAGGUGAAGCAGCUGCUGUCCAAUGGCGGCUACUACGGAGCCAGCCAGCAGCUGCGCUCCAUGUUCGGCAAGGUACGGGAGAUGCUGCGCAUGCGGGACUCAAACGGGGCUCGCAUGCUCAUCCUCAUGACCCAGCAGUUCCUGCAGGACCCGCGCCUGGCGCUGUGGAGGCAGCAGGGCGCAGGCAUGACCGACAAGUGCCGGCAGCUGUGGGACGAGCUGGGGGCCCUGUGGGUCUGCGUCAUUCUGAGCCCCCACUGUAAAGCAGAGGAGCGGGCAGGCUGGCUCCAGCUGCUGGGCACAUGGGACAAGCUGGAUGUAUGCCCACUGGAAGAGGGCAACUACUCCCUGGAUGGCCCCAGCCUGCAGGCCAUGGCAGCCCCUGGUCCAGGCCCCCAGCAAGGAGAGGCAGAGGUGACGGCCACCCAUCACACGGUGUUUGGGCGUGCCCUGCAGGCUGGGGCGCUACACUGGAAGAACGCCCACCUCCAGAGGAUCCUGGCCAGCGACGCCCCCAGCCCCAGCCUCACAGGCAGCACCGGGGGUGACAAGCCGGACUUUGACCCUCAGGGCCGCCCACUCUGGCUGGGCGAGUCCUUCCCCACCGCCUGUGCCCGGGUGGACACCCUGCGUGCCCACGGGUACCCCCACAAGGCACUGCGGCUGGCAGGCGCCAUCAUCAACACCGUGCGGCUACAGCAGCGGCACCAGCUGGAGAUCUACAAGCAGCAGCAGAAAGAGCUGCUACAGAAAGGUGUCACGUGCAUCAGCAACACAGAAGGCUGGGUGGGCCACCCCCUGGACCCCGUCGGCUGCCUCUGCAGGGCGCUCCUAGAGGCCUGUCGCCUGCGGGAGGAGACUGUCUCGCUGUACCCAGACUCGAGCACCGAGAAGCGGAAGGCAGUCUACCAGCACGUACCGGUGCCCGGGAACCCUGGGGAGUCCUACCUGGCGCUGGCGCUAGAGGUCACACUGCUGGGGCUGGGGCAGCAGCGGGCCUUGCCCGAGGGACUCUACGCCCAGGACAAGGUGGUGCGAAACGAGGAGCAGCUGCUGACCCUGCUGGAGGAGGUGGACUUGGAUGACCGGCUGGUACAGGUGCUGCGCAAGCAGGUGGGGCUGCUGCUGGAAGGGGGUCCCUUCAGCGGCUUCGGGGAGGUGCUGUUCCGGGAGAGCGUGCCCAUGCACACCUGUGCCCGCUACCUGUUCAGUGCGCUGCUGCCCCACGACCCCGACCUGGCCUACCGCCUCGCGCUCCGGGCCAUGAGGCUGCCCGUCCUGGAGACCUCGCAUCCAGCUGGAGACCUUCACCCCCACCCGCUGGACUCCAUUGUGAGCAACCGCUUUCCCCGCUGGUUCAUCCUGGGCCACCUGGAGACGCGUCAGUGCGAGCUGGCGUCGACCCUGCUGACGGCCGCCAAGGGAGACCCCAAGUGGCUGCACGCAGUCCUGGCUUCCAUCCAGCAGAACAUCCACUCCCCAGCUCUACUCUUCAAGCUGGCACAGGACGCCUGCAAGACGGCCACCCCGGCCAGCGCGCCCCCAGACACCACGCUGCUGGGCAUUGCGCUGGAGCUGGGCCUGCAGGUCAUGCGGAUGACCCUGAACACCAUGACUUGGCGCCGGAGGGAGAUGGUACGCUGGCUGGUCAGCUGUGCCACAGAGAUGGGCCCCCAGGCACUGAUGAACAUCAUGCAGAACUGGUACUCCCUGUUCACACCGGUAGAGGCGGCCACCAUUGUGGCGGUGACGGGCACCACGCAUACCACGCUGCUGCGGCUGCAGCUGGACACGCUGCGGCGGGAGGAGCUCUGGACCUGCGCCCGCACGCUGGCCCUGCAGUGCGCCAUGAAAGACCCUCAGAACUGUGCCCUGCCCGCCCUGACCCUGUGUGAGAAGAACCACGCGGCCUUCGAGGCCGCCUACCAGAUCGUGCUGGACGCGGCGGCCGGCGGCCUGGGCCACGCGCACCUCUUCACGGUGGCCCGCUACAUGGAGCACCGCGGGCUGCCGCUGCGAGCCUACAAGCUGGCCACGCUGGCCCUGGCCCAGCUCAGCAUCGCCUCCAACCAGGACAGCCACCCCGCCGUCAACGACGUGCUGUGGGCGUGCUCCCUCAGCCUCUCGCUGGGCCGCCGCGAGCUCUCGGGCAUCGUGCCCCUCCUCAUCCGCAGCAUCCACUGCGCCCCGAUGCUGUCCGACAUCCUGCGCCGCUGGACCCUCUCGGCGCCAGGCCUUGGCCCUCUGGGGCCCCGGCGGGCCGCCAAGCCGCUGGGCACCGACCGGGCGCCCCUGUGCCAGCUGUUGGACGCCGCGGUCGCCGCCUACAUCACCACCAGCCACUCGCGCCUCACGCACAUCAGCCCGCGACACUACGGCGAUUUCAUCGAGUUCCUGGGCAAGGCCCGCGAGACCUUCCUGCUGGCGCCAGACGGGCACCUGCAGUUUGCCCAGUUCUUGGAGAACAUCAAACAGACCUACAAGGGCAAGAAGAAGCUGAUGCUGUUGGUGCGGGAGCGUUUCGGCUGAGAUGGCAGCGGGGGCCAGGGACGCGGGGCGCAGGGGUCCCCAGUCCCCGCCUCCCCGUCCCCUGCAGCGCGGCGCUGUGGGCCGCGUCAGUAUUCAGUCAGGGAAGGGGGCGGGAGGUGUGCGCCUGGGAGUGUGCGAACAAGUGUGCGAGACACAGGAGCAGAAGCCAUACCGCCAGCCAGACGCCCGGAAGAGGCGUGUGCUUGGGCAGGCAGGCUGUAAGAGCCCCAGCUUGGCCUUGGGCACCCCAGAAGCAGUAGGCAAGCACCCCUGCCCCUGCCGGGCUCCAGAAGAGGAGCCGUACAGAACCCGGUCCGGGGUGACCUAGCACAGGCUCCUGGCCCCCACCUGCAUGGCCAGGGGGUUUAUACAAGGGCAGCUGGACUCCCCGCUGUGCCCCACUGCUCAGGGGCCCCCAUUCCACUGCCCGGGACCCUCUCCCAGGCUGCCCCACCCCCACGAAGGAGCUCCCAAGGUCUCAGGCCUCAGCCACAUACCUCACACUCAGCCCCUUGUCCAGCCGCAACCCCUCGGGCACCAGGAUCCCUGGGGAGGCUGGGUCUGGGGUCAUCACUCCCCCCACCUGCUAGGCACUGGACAGAUGACUCAGGAACCAGGCAGUGCCCCUGCUGCUCACCAAGCAUGUGUCAGGAUUGGGCACCAGAGAGCCAGGGGACCCCAUGUGGAGAGGAGGGGGAGGGGCUCCAAGUCCUCUGCCUCCAGCUGUCACUGUCCCCCCGUCCCUGGCUCUACCCCCUCACUGUACUGUUUCCUAUUUCUCUCCAGUCAGCCUCCCUUCCAUGUUCGUGUAAGUCCCAGCCAGGCUCUCUGGCCGCCUUGCCCUGUCCCCACUCGCCCCUCUUGCCUUUCUCUUGUAUAAGGACAAAGAUGGCGUCAUUUUGUAACUUUUUUUCUAUUUAUUGAACCCUAUAUUGUAUUUCCUUUUUUGUUGUUUUUUUAAAAGUUGAAACAGCUUUUUAAUUUUAUUUUGGGACUGAGGUGGGUCCCCUCCUACCCCGGGGCCAGAGCCUCCCCCUGUUCCCUCAGCAAAAAACAAGAAAGCUCUACGGUCUUA